GGGAACUUAUCACCACACCCCCCCCCCCCCCCGGCACCGGGCGGGUUUCUUUUUGGAAGGGUCCUUCUAUCGUUGGCUUCAUCUUACGAUUAAACUUGGCUUGAUCUCUCUUAUCUCAGCGCCAAUAUGUUCUACUCGGAGACGCUUCUUUCGAAGACCGGGCCGCUAGCCCGCGUCUGGCUGUCCGCUAACCUAGAACGCAAGCUUUCGAAGUCGCAUAUCCUGCAGUCCGAUAUCGAAAGCAGUGUCAGCGCCAUUGUCGACCAAGGACAGGCGCCCAUGGCAUUGCGACUCAGUGGUCAGCUGCUGUUGGGUGUUGUCCGUAUCUAUAGCCGCAAAGCGCGUUAUCUCUUGGAUGAUUGUAACGAGGCUCUUAUGAAAAUCAAGAUGGCCUUCCGCCUAACAAACAACAAUGACUUGACAACCACGGUCGUCGCCCCCGGUGGUAUCACAUUGCCUGACGUUCUCACCGAAUCUGAUUUGUUUAUGAACCUGGAUUCUGCUCUUCUCAUCCCGCAGUCGCUCAACUUGGAACCUGAAGGCAAGCGACCGGGAUCUAUGGAUUUUGGAAGCCAACUUCUGCCUGAUACUGGUUUGCGGCGCUCGGCCUCGCAAGAACCUGCGCGCCUCGAAGACCACACGCUGGUUGAUCUGGACCUGGGAGAAGAUGAGACGCCAUUGGGUCACGAUUUCAGUAUGGAAGUUGGUCGAGAUGCCCCCGCCCCCCGCCCCGUCGAAGAGGAUCUUUUCAGCGAUGGUGGGAAAUUCAACGAUGUCGACAACUUGCAACUGGACCUCGAUCUUGGUGAAGACGACGCUCCCUUGGACAAAAUGGAUCUUGGCGAUGACGGCUUUCACGAUAACCUCAUGCAAUUGGACGACCCUAUGGAUCUUGGCGACGCCGAAGAAGCCGUCCCUGAUGUCGAUGAGCGAUUUGAGCGCGAAAGCACCGUCCUGACCGAUAUGUCGGAAGAACGGGUCAACAGGCUUCUCGAUUCGGACGAGGAGGCCGCCGCGAACGAAGAGAGAGAUGACGAAGCUGGGGAGGAGACAAUGGCCCAGCACGAGCAACGGGCGAAGCGGCGCAAGGUUGUUAUCAUGGGCCUGGACGAGGUGGCCGAUCGCCCCCAGAAUGAAGUCAAAGACCAGGCCAAGGACUGCACGCACAUCAUGAAGCCUUCGUCGUGGCUACCCCGGGACCCUGUGCUUUUGACUUUAAUGAACAUGCAAAAGAACGGUGACUUUGUGUCGAGUGUGCUCGGCGGUGACCGGGGACGUGGUUGGGCGCCUGAACUUCGGGACCUGCUUUCUUUCGACACGGUUCAGAAGGCCGGUGAGUUGAAGCGCAAGCGUGACAGUGGAAUCGCAGACAUGGACGUGGAGGCGGCUACCGCCCCGGCUUUGGAACUCGGCGAAGAAGACACGAUUUUGCCGAUUGAUGAGGGCGUGGGUAUGGACUCUACACUCCACCAGCGCUCGGACAUCGAUUUCCCAGGCGACGAAGAAGACAACCACGCUCUGCACCUGAGUGAAGACGAAGGAAUGGAUCACACGCUGGAGGAAGCCGAAGAUACAAUCGUUCAAGAUAGCGGACCGGUCUCUCUGGGCACGAAGCACGCUGUCCACAUUCUUCGCGAACGCCUCGGAGAAUCGGCUGAGGCGCAGAAGAAGAGCGUCAAGUUCCAGGAAAUCCUGCCCGAGAAGAAGGCCUCCAAGGCGGAUGCGACUAAGAUGUUCUUCGAGGUCCUCGUCCUUGCCACCAAGGAUGCGGUUCAGGUUGAACAACGCCCUGACACUGUCGGUGGCUCUCUCAAAAUCCGUGGCAAGCGGGCUCUUUGGGGCUCAUGGGCCGAGGAGGGAGCCAGCGAAGAGGCGGCUUCGCAAGUAACGCCGGCUACCGCCUAAAUUGUGCAAUGACUUUCUCCCUGUGUGUUCAUGUACAUCUUUGACUGUAGUUCGAAUGAGUUGGUGGGGCAGGAGUGGAUGGGGGGGAGAAAGAGAGUGUGAAUUUGGGGGCUGUGAUGCGCUUGGGACUGUUCACUUUGUGUGUCGGCGAUUGUUUUGUUGUGGAAUUGAUUGGCGUUUUGGGGGUAUUCUCUUUCCUUCAGGUUGGGACUGAAAAGG